AUUUUUCUAGGUAGUAUAAUAUUCAGUCUGAAUUCUCAGCAUUGUUUUAUAAUUGUGUUUAGGAUAGGUAUUUGCAAUGUUCAUUGCUUUAUUGUAUUUUCUAGUCCUUCCAGCUGCUGCUUACAUUGAUAGAGGUUCUCGACAUGGAAGUUGCAACAAAAUAAUGUUUGUCAGCCGCCAAGAUUGGAGAGCUCGCUUGCCUGUAAGAACGUUCCCUAUGGCUUUACCUGUCAGCGACGUUAUCAUAUUCGACACAGUUUUCGGAGAGUGCCACAACACAGCUGCUUGCAUACGCAAUGUGCAGUUCCUCCAAGAUUUUCAUAUGGAUGAUAAAGGCUGGUGGGACAUCGCAUACAGCUUUCUGAUUGGAGGAGAUGGUCGCGUGUACGUUGGUGUGGGAUGGCACAACGCAGGAGAGCACACAAUUAACUACAAUACUAUUUCCAUCGGUGUGGCAUUUAUGGGCAACUUUAGUAGCAUCGCACCUAGCGAGCAAAUGAUAGCUGCUGGAAAAUAUCUAAUUGACUGCGGAAUUGAAAAGGGUUAUUUAACACCAACCGUGGAAGUACAUGGUGACAGAGAUGUUACUUGCACAGAAUCUCCUGGUGAUCGCCUGUAUGCCAUCAUCAAACAAUGGAAAAACUUCAAAGGAGGAAGGAUGCUCUAUUAUAACUGUAGAAUUUCAACUGUUGAUCCACGAGCUUGAGAGUUCAAACUUGCAUUCAACAUCUCUUCUAGUUACAAGAAAGAUGAAUUUUUAAAUGCAUCAGAAAGAUUCUUUUUUCUUUUUAUUUGCCAAAAGUUAAGUCUGUUCAG